AUGAUAUCCUGUCAAGUUCCCGAGGUCGACCUCUUUCUUUCUUUCAUGCUCAUGCGAGCGGUCACUGGCUUAGUGAAGGGUACCAAGACCCUUUCCAAGCAAAACAAGGUCGACUACAUCAAGGGUGCCGGCUCGUUCGUCUCCACCACGAAGAUCGCCGCCACGCUCAACGAGGGGGCGAGGGCAAGAACAUCAUCAUUGCCACUAAUUCCAAGGUCGCACCUUCCCCCGGCAGCGUCAUCACCAUCGACGAGAAGCAGAUUGUCUCUUUUGCUGGCGUGCUCUCCUCAAGGACGUCCCCAGGAAGACAGUCGUCAUUGGCGGUGGUAUCAUUGGUCUGGGGAGCGUCUGGGUGCGCAGAUCACUGGUGUCGAGUUCCUUGGUGGUAUCAACGGUGCGGGUAUCGACGAGGAGAUUGCAUUCUGUCCGCUGAGAAGCGCGAAGGUGCACAUCCUCCCCUCCUUCGCAGCGGACGUCGUCCUUGUCACCGUCGGUUGCCGCCCGUACACCGAUGGUCCUAAUCUCGUCGCCGGCGGUGUCGAGGUCGACAGGAAGGGUCGCGUCGUGAUCGAUGGCCAGUUCAGCACCUCCGUCAAGGGCAUCCGCUGCAUUGGUGACGUCACCUUUGGGCCCAUGCUCGUGCGCGAGGCCGAGGAGGGCAUCGCCGCCAUCGAGCACCUCUCCAAGGGCCAUGGGCACGCCAAUUACGACGCGGUCGUGUGGGUGGGCAAGACCGAGAAGGAGCUCAAGGCGGACGGCGUCAACAUCGUCAAGUUCGUCACCAAGGCGGGGACGGGCUGGAUUCUGGAUGUUCGUGUCAUUAGCCCCAACGCGGACGAGAUGAUUGUGGAGGGCGCGCUCGCGCCCCAGUACGGUGCGAGUGCGGAGGACGUCGCGCGGACGACGCACGCUCACCCCACGUCCUCGGUGGCCUUCAUGAGGCGGCGAUGGCGACAGGCGCCCACUUCUGAUUAG